AUGACACAGCGUAGUACGGAACGAUUGGCGGCACGGUUACGCGCCGGCGAAGACACUAUCUCAUUCGAUAAGGACGACGACGAUACUCUCGACUUUGUCACUGCAGCUUCCAACUUACGUUCCAUCGCGUAUGGUAUUACAGGGCAAAGUCGAUGGGAGAUCAAAGAAAUGGCGGGCAACAUUAUUCCGGCCAUAGCCACAACCAAUGCUAUCAUCGCCGGUCUCAUUGUUCUGCAAGCAUUCCAUUUAAUGCGCAAAGCUUAUAACUCUUUGCGUAAUGUGCAUGUGCAGUUCAAGCCCAGCAUGCCACUCAGCCAUGUCAGCAUGUCCCGGGCGAACCCUAACUGCGGUGUCUGUAGAGAUACCUACACAGAAAUCCUUUGUGAUCCAUCGCGUGUCACUUUGGGCGAGGUGGUCGACGGCAUACUUGGUCCUGGCGACGGGAAAGGAACAGGCAAGAGAGAUGUCGCUGUAUAUGAGGACAAACGAGUGCUGAGCGACCCGGACUGGGACGAUAACAAUGAGAGGACGUUGGACAAUCUGAAUGUCACAAGAGGGAAGUUCUUGGCUAUCGUCGAUGACGAAGGAGAGUUGGCGACAAUCCAGGUUGGAGUAGGAGUGCUACCUCCGAAUCAUCCUGUUGAAGGUCCCGCUCUAAUCUUGCCAUCACCUCUACCAAUGCCAGCGCGGAGACCUAAGCCGCCAGCUCCGUCGACACCUCCGCCUACCUUAAACUUGAAGCGAUCCGCCCCCAAUGACGAGGAGAUCGAGCCAUCAGCCAAACGGCUGAAAACAGAUAAGACGACAACGGAUGCAACGCCUUUCUCCCCGAGCAAGAAGAGGAAGCUUGAAGAAGAUGGACUGAUCCUCCUGGACGAUGCGGAUGACAAGUUGGAUGUCGACGUGAUAGAAAUCGAGUGA